CAAUAAUAAUGGGCGUUUAUCUUCUUGUAAUCGUGGCUGUGUUAGUGAUCCUGAUUCAACGUGCUAAGGAGCGAAAUACAUCCCAACCGUAUGCUCACAUCAAACAAAGUAAACCGAUCCCUUGCGAUUAUCAAUUAAUAAAAGCGCAAGUACCUUUGCUAGAGCAACCUCAGUUUCAAAACCACACUCGUUUUUUCGCGGAAGAUUUUAGUGUCGCGGAAAAGAAACCUCGCCGAGAAAAAAGAGAAGUGCCAAAAAUUGUGUUAGAUGAUUUGCGAAGUAACAAUGCAAAGAAAAAGGUAUCGUGUGAACUCGAAGCAAACGCGUGCAAAUUGCGUGUUGAGGAAGAUCGAUAUCAGCAAUUCUGCGUUGAAGAUGUGGAACGAAAAGCUUUUGAUGGAUCAAGCGAUUCGUAUGCGUCUAUGUUUGAAGAACAUGAUGAAAUCACGCCACCUCGAAGUCCGAAAAGUCCAAAAAGUCCUAUGAAUUUUUUGAAGAAGCAACGUUCAUCGUUGAAGAAAUUAAGAAAGAAAUUAUCAGGAAACUUUAGCAGCGACGAAAGUCAAUAAAAAAUAUGAUGUCUAAAUCGAUUGGUUUUGGCAAUAAUGAUGCACAAAAAUUGCAGGGAGAAGCGGAAUUCAGUAAACAAAUUGUGGCUGAAAGUUUAGUAGUGCAAGGGAAGGACAAGAAACAAUAAUGCUGUAUCCUGCCAUCAUUGAAAAAGUGCACAUUAACUGAAACAUUUUCAACAGCGCUCUAACUGAAGCUGAUGUGUGUUUUUUUAAAUUUAUGAUGACGUCAUCAAAAUAUAACUUUUUUAGCACAAAACAAAAUAUAAAGAAGAAAAAUGUAUUCUGCUUCGAAUAAAAUACGUUAUAUUAAAUACGUUAUAUAUGUAAUGCUACUGCAGUCUGUUGCUUACUGUUAAAAAGUGAUUAUAUUUUCACAAUGUUCUUCCAACAGUGUCAAUUAAGCAUUCUGAAUAAGUCUGUCUUUUUGCAGAGAUUCUGCUAACAUUUUUUUGCGGGUUUUUUUUAAAUUAUUUUUUGCUAUGCAGUACGUUUAAGACACUUACUGAGUUUGCAUACUUAUCUAUGAGACACCUGCAUACAAAUUGUUUACGUAUACUUUUUAUAUUGGCCAUUAAUCGAAACUACACCUUAAAUUUCUAUAGAAUCUUUAUAAUCGGGAAAAUAAAACAACUUUAAUUUGGAUUAUUCUUACAAGGUAGAAUUAACAACAAAUCUUUAUUUUAUCAGGAAGGAAUCAUCUGAAAAUUUUUAUUAAUCCGAAUCCCCGAUUUCUUUAGAUUUCACUCUAAAAUCGGAAAAAUCAGAAUUUUAGGCAAUUUUUGGAAUUUUUUGUUUGAAUUAUAA